GCUCGGAUGUGAUCUCCGAACUUAGUCUAGAAAUCACUCCUCAGUUUGGCCUUUCCGUUAGACGUAGAAAGUUAGAGACCGGAUUCAAAAUCGUGCUUAAAAAUGGCCCUAAAUUGCGGCUGCAGUCCACCGAUGCCAUCGGCCAACGCGGAUAACAAGGACGUAUUCUGCUCGGGUCCUUUGCUGGAUCGUGUUCAGCAAUCGUGCAUGUUUCCCGAUAGCAAGUACUUUGUGGACAUGAGCUGUAUUUAUACAACCGGACAGACGUUGUCCGAUUACCAGUUGUUCAGCAAUUGUGCCAGGAACGAUGGCUCCUUGGAGUUCCUGCAGAUGUUUGUUGAGAAACACUUUAAUCCGCCCGGCUCGGAGCUGGAGCAUUGGGUCCCGACAGACUGGAAGCCUCUGCCGUCGUUUCUCAACAAGGUCUGUGAUCCUGCUCUCAAGCAAUUCGCAGCCGAAAUCAACGAACUCUGGAAGCAGUUGGGUCGACGCAUUAAAGACGAUGUCAAGAUGAGUCCGGAUCUUUAUUCCAUUAUCUACGUACCCAACCCCUUCAUUGUUCCCGACACAAAUUCCCGCGAGUAUAGCUACUGGGGCUCGUUCUGGAUCAUCCGAGGCCUGCUCCAGUGUGGGAUGCAUCAAACGGCCCGCGGAAUGAUUGAGAACUUUCUGGCGCUGGUUCAGGAAUAUGGUUAUGUGCCGGCCUGUGGCAGGAUUUACUGCACCGGACGAACACACCCGCCGCUUCUGAUUAUGAUGAUGAAGUCCUAUGUUGACGUGACCAAGGAUGAGCAGUUUGCCAUUAAAUCGCUGCCGCUUCUGGAAAAGGAGUAUGAGUCCUUCACAAGCCAGCGCUCAAUUGAUGUGAAGGGCAGGACAAUGUAUCAAUACCGGGCUGUAUCCUCUUGUCCCGGACCGCGACCCGAGGCCUAUAGAGAGGAUUUGGCGGCGGCGAAUAAAAUGGAUGAUGCGGCACGUGAAAAGUAUUACACCGAACUGAAGUCGGCCAGUGAAUCGGGACAGGAUUUUAGCUCUCGUUGGUUUGUGGCCAAGGGUGGCAGCUCCGAAGCCUCCCUCCAGGAUACCAAGCCCUCGGCCAUUGUGCCCGUGGAGCUUAAUGCCAUAAUUUUCCGGAGCGGCAAGAUCCUGGCCGAGUUCAAUCGCAAGGCGGGCAACGCCAAGAAGGCCGAAGAGUACCAAGAUCGCUGCUGUGUCCUGGUGAAGGCCAUUCGCGAUGUCCUGUGGAGCAACCAGGCCGGCAUUUGGCUAGACUACGACGUGGAGAACAAUCGGUCUCGCAACUACUUCUGCUGCACUAACUUUGCACCGCUGUGGGCUCGGGCUUUUCCCCUGAUCGACACUGACAAGGUGUCCAAGGCGAUAAUGGAGCACAUCAAGACCAACAAUCUGGACAACCUGUACGGCGGAGUGCCGCACACGUUGAAUAAGACAGCGGGUCAGAAGUGGGAUUAUCCAAACGUGUUUCCGCCCAUGAUGUUUAUGGUCCUGGAGGGGCUGGACAAUCUGGGCACUCGGGCCUCCAAGGCGAUGUCCAGGCGAUGGGCUCAUCGCUGGGUCAAGUCAAAUUAUGAAGCCUUUAGAUCGGAGGGCUUUAUGUCCGAGAAGUAUUUCUGCGAGGAAUUUGGCACCACCGGGGAAGCCUCUCCAAAUCAAGCGGCUGUGGGUUACGGCUGGACCAACGCAGUGAUAAUCGAGUUCCUGUGCAAGUACGGCAGGGAGAUCACCAUGUCCGACGAAGAGGACAAGGCCUGCAAGUGCACGGCGGACAGGACUAAGGCCUCGUUUGUAAUCACCAGCCGGGCGAGUAUGGAGAAAGCUUUCCCCCCGAACACAAGCACCAAGAGUAUAGACAAGAGGUCCUGUUUAUGCGACCAGAUACUCAGCAAGACCACAACAAUAGCGGGUUCGGCCUUUCGUCCGGCCACAAGUAGCAAGUGCAUGGACAAGAAGAAGUCCUGUAAUUGUGUGCAGAUGGUUGACAGAUCCACAGCGGCAAUGGGGACUCAGAGUACGGCCAAUUGUUAUUCGCAGGAGCAGCAGCAGAGUAAUGGCUGUUGCUGUGCCAUGUCCAAAACUCAAAUGGUGCCGGUGCAAGAUAGAGGCAAAUCCGGAAAUGACGGGGGCUGUGCUUGUGGUGCUCCUCAGCAAAAUGCUUGUAGUUCUCCGCAGCAAAAUUCUUGCGCCUGUGAUAUUUCACGAACUCAAAUGGUGCCGGUGCAGGAUAAAAAUCAAUCGGGCAAGCAAGGAAACUGUUCUCCCGGUAGCGGGGGAACAAGAACCCCGUCAUCGGCGAGAUCAAAGAAGCAGGAAGCAGGUGGUGGGUGCAACUCAUCAUCGGGGCAACAAAAGCAGCAUGAUCCUGAUUGCCCCUGCAGCCAAAAUCAGAAUACCCGAAGUCAGUCGCCGUCAAAGUCAGGUUCCCAAUCUCCCAGUAAAGCUAAGCAGCAGAAGCAGCAGGCUUCCCAACAGUGUUGCUCUUGCCCAUCCGAGAAGCAACAGCAGGAUCCCGAUUGCACAUCGGAAGCGCAGGAAAACGUUUGUGAACAGGAACCCGGGGAAGGGGAUCAGGAUUCCCCUGCGAAACGUGAGUGCGCUGAGGAGGAGGAGCAGCGACGUCAGGAGGAGCAGGCCAAGCUAGUUGGUCACUAUUCGCCUUUGGCCGAUGACAUGCCAGAUGAAUGCCCGAAGCCACCCAAGAAGAAAAAGUGUUGUUAUUGUUGCGACAAGGACAAGGACAAGGACGAGGAGACCGACGAAGAUGCUACCAGUGAGACCAAGUCGGCCGAUCAUAACAGCGCUACUGAUAGUUGUCAUUCUAUUGCAACUCCAAGAACACAGGGCAAUUGCUCUCCGCAACAGAACAAAGCUCCCAAUUGCUGUUAUUGUACGGCCGGUACAGGAGCACAGUCUUCAGGAGCACAGAGCAAAGGAUCAAAGUCGCCACAACAAAACAGGGCUGCGGAUGGUUGCCGUUGUGGGGAAGGUUCAGGAGCACAGGGCAAAGGAGCACAGGGAAAAGGAGCACAGGAAAAAGGAGCCAAGUCCAAGUCAGGUGAUUGUUCGCCACAACAAAACAAAGCUGCCGAUAGUUGCCAAUGUACUGGAGGUUCAGGAGCACAGUCUCCAGGAGCACAGAGCAAAGGAGCAAAGUCCAAGUCGGGCGAUUGUUCGCCACAACAAAACAAAGCUGCCGAUAGUUGCCAGUGUACGGCAGCUUCGGGAGCACAGUCUCCAGGAGCACAGAGCAAAGGAGCAAAUUCCAAGUCGGGCAAUUGUUCGCCGCAACAGAACACAGCUGCGAAUAGUUGCUGUUGUACGGGAGGUUCGGGAGCUCAAUCUUCAGGAGCACAGGGAAAAGCAGCAAAGUCCAAGUCCCAACAGUCAAGAGCUCCCGAAAGUUGUUCGUGUUUCGGAGGUCCAGGAAUACAGGCGGCCGAUGAUUGUUGGUGUCAGGCACAGACUUCAAUAGAAGAGUGCAGGGAAGCACAGGGCAAACAGGCACAGAACAAAGUGGCUCCCUCUAAAUGUGCCAUCUGCCCGCACUGCGGUGGUGUCUAUACUUGCUCCACAGAAAACGUACAUUCGUCCGAGGCGACGAAGGCGAACAGUGAAUGCUGCAAAGAUACCCAGAUGAGGGGCAUGUCUAACAUAGGACUGCAGAAGAGCUGCCACAGAGCAGAAGCAGCAGAAACCAAGGAGAACUGCAAGGAAUACAGCCAGGUGGACAAUACAGGAUGUGAUCAGCAGGCGGAGGAAGACUGCUGCGACUGCUGCGAAGAAUCUAGUGGCCAAUCUGGCCAAGGAUGCGAACAGAAUGCAGGAUCAAGUGGAGGAGCAGCUGGCUGCGGAGGGCAAUCCGAGCCCGGUGACUGCGAUACUCGCAUGGCAGAGGAUUUCCCGCCAGAAUAUGGACCCACACCCAUAUACAAUAAGCAGUUUUCACUGAAGGACCCCGGUGCAGACGAUGACGGUUGUCCGAAAAAAGAAGUUAAGAAACCCGAAUGUUGCUGCUGUAAGGAGAAGGAGAAUGAGGAGGAGGAGUAGGCUAAGGAUGGAUUCCACAACACCUCAGGAUACAAAAAAAAAAUAAGACCACACAAGGCCAAACUGAAGCAAAAUUUAUAUGUGAAAAAUUUGUAGUACUCUUUUUAAAAUCUUCCAGCAUGAAGGCUAUUGUACUCUUUGAAGUGAGGAAGUGUUUCUUUAUCUUUAAGACCUCACUUUGCUUUGCCUAUAAAAUCUUUCACAUUGGCUAAACACAACAUUUUUUCCUCUUUAAGUUUGUGAAUAUAUUCUUCAAACACA